UGGUAACGCCCGCUGAGGCGUCCCAGCGUAAUAAGGUCCGGGAGAAGUGUCACUAGCCUUGAGCGGGACCCCAUAGCCCGUUGUCUCCGCGCCGGCGGCCUGUCCCCGCCGCCUGGCGGGCUAGGGCAGGGGAAAUGUGGCAGGAGGAGUCGGAUCUGUCUCUCAGUAUCGCUCAGAUAGUCCAAAAACUCAAGGGCUCCAGUUUGUACGCUCAGCUGGAACGUCAGGCCUGGGCCAGUCUUCAGAGAACUGAUAUUAAACUUGAAUCUCUAAAAGAAGAUAUCAAGAGAUUCUUUAAAACAUCAGGUUGGGAGAAGAAACUUCAGAAUGCUGUUUAUAGUGAACUGAGUGUGUUUCCUCUACCUAGUCACCCUGCAGUACCUCCAGAACAUCUUAAAGAGCCUUUGGUAUACAUGAGGAAAGCACAGGGAAGUUGGGAAAAAAGGAUUUUGAAGAGUUUAAAUAGUAUGUGCACUGAACUGAGUAUCCCAUUGGCACGAAAGAGGCCAGUUGGAGAACAGAAAGAACUUCUCAAUAAAUGGAAUGAAAUGGGAACUGAUGAACCAGAUUUAAGCCAUUUCAGACCUGUUUAUGCACCUAAAGAUUUUCUUGAGGUAUUAAUUAAUCUUCGCAACCCAAAUUAUGAAAAUGGUGAUUCUCCUAGUUUCAGGACUCAUUUGGGUUUAAUCCAAAUUCCUCUGAAAGUAAAAGACAUCCCUGAAUUGAAAGAAGUAUUUGUAGAACUCGGCUUAACUACAGGACAACUAGGUAUAGAUGAUUCUACACAAGUGCCUCCUGAACUUUUUGAAAAUGAGCAUGUACGUAUUGGGCAAAAAGUUCUAGAAGAACAAGAUAGUGCUGCUGCUCAACAGUAUGUCAGACAAGGAAGCCCCACAGCACUGAGGGCUGAAUUAUGGGCUCUCAUUUUGAAUAUUUCCAGUCAACCUGAGGAUAUCUUGUAUUAUGAGCAGCUUAAGACCAAUGUGAUACAACAUGACCUUUUGGUGGACAGUCUAAUUUAUAAAGAUGUGAAGUUGACGGCAAGCAAUGAUGAUUAUUAUUUUGUAUUUGAAGAUUAUUUAUAUCAGGUUUUACUUUGUUUUUCCCGGGAUACGUCUGUGUUGGGUCACUUUGCAUACAACAGUGCUUCACCACCAAGAUCAUACAUAAGAGGAAAACUAGGAAUAGAAGAAUAUGCUGUCUUUUACCCACCAAAUGGUGUAAUCCCUUUUCAUGGAUUUUCAAUGUAUGUUGCACCACUUUGUUUUCUAUACAAUGAACCUUCCAAAUUGUAUCAGAUAUUCCGUGAGAUGUAUGUGCGUUUUUUCUUCAGACUUCAUUCCAUCUCUUCUCAUCCUUCUGGUAUUGUGUCACUCUGUUUGCUAUUUGAGACUCUUCUUCAAACUUACCUCCCCCAACUCUUUUAUCAUCUACGAGAAAUUGGGGCUCAACCACUUCGCAUAUCAUUUAAAUGGAUGGUUCGAGCUUUCUCUGGAUACUUAGCUACAGAUCAACUCUUGCUUUUGUGGGAUAGAAUCCUAGGAUACAACUCCCUAGAAAUUCUUGCUGUCCUGGCAGCUGCCGUAUUUGCCUUCCGAGCAGUCAACCUGAUGGAGGUGACAUCACUGGCUGCAGCUGAAGCAGUUCUUGCUGACCUUUCUACUUUAAAAGUUAUGCCUCUUCUUCAGAUUUUUUUGUUUGCUACUGUCACCUGAUCUUCUUCAAGGUCACUGACAACACAUAAAGUUUUUCAUUAGAAGCUAAUCAUGAACUAUGCAAAUUGCAUAAAACCAAAAUCCACUUCGUAUAUUAGCCAAUAAAGAUCAUGUUCCCUCCUCAGUUAAACAAACCUAAGUCAUUUUUUGCUUUUUGAAAAAAGAACUCAGCACACCAAAUAUUGCACUGCAUGCUGCUGAUUUUCAAGAGAGAAGCAAUAGACUGAACUUCUGGCGACUUGAGCGUUCUAUAGAUACAAUCCUGACCUGUAAAAAGCAUGCGACAACAUAUGCAAUAAGAACUAAAGAUGCUGUAAUAAACUUGAAGAGGUAAUGCAGCCUCUGGGACAAUUCUCUUAUGUCAGUUUGUAAAUUUAUCUCUAGAUAAUGUAUUGUUUUAUCUUAUAAAUUGCUCUUCACUCAGAACCGGGGGCGGGGUAGGAUGUGGGAAGACUUGAAAAAGAUAACGCUUUUAAGUAGAAAUUCACAUGUGCUUUGGUGUUUUUAACAAUGUUCCUUUCCCCAGAGAUUUUCUAGAUCUCUCUCCACUUUAUUUCUCACUUAAUGUUUUGUACUAGGGGAGGUCAAAUACAGUUGUGUCCACCUGCCAGUAUUGUAUUCAUUAUUUCCUGGGGUGGGGGAGAAAGUCAAAAUUAUGGCAUGAUCUGUUCAAACUUCUCAACCUUCCAUAUCACGGCGAUUAGAAGAUGACACUGCUGAGGCCUGUUGCCAGAUUCUGUUACUUUGGAGGAUACCUAAGGAUUCAAUGAAGGGAAUGAAAUAUCAAAACCAUAUUCGCUUUUGCUGAUGGUUGGUUUAAUGAGAUUUACUUCUAGGGAGGAACAGCUGCAAGACCAGCAAUAGAUAACAUUCCUUCCAGAACUGACGUCAUGCAAGGCUCAAUCUUAUGUUGGUCUUUAUUAUAAGUGAAGGGUCUUAUCGUAUAUUACUUCCUUAAAGGCCUACCAUUUCUGUAAUUUGGAAUAAUAGUAUGAAAAAAAGAAGUCCAAAACCAUUCUUUUGAUUUUAGGCUCAAAUUCAAGAUGCUGGUCAUUUUAACAAAACUCUAAAUCAAUAUAGUGGAACCUUGUUUCUCGAACCAUUUGCUUCUCAACCCGGCAUCCCUUUCAUGCUGAUACUGUAUGGUCAGUCACACAUCUCUCGGGUGACAAGCAAAAGAGAGAAUGCACGAAUGAGUCAGUUUACCACUGUUAAAAUCUCAGGAUAUUGUGCUGUGAAUAUUUUGGGAUUUUUUUUUGGCUUUUGUUGCUCAUAUUAUUGUUAAAUUUCAUUUUUUUACUGUACAUUUCCUUUCCUUUUUGUUAAAUUUUCAUUUACACUUCAUGUCUUUUUUUUGUUUUUAAAGUGCUUAUUUAUAGAAUAAACAGUAUCAUAGACAUGUACUGUAUAUAAGAAAGGUUAAAACAGAAUCAUUUUGGGGUCUUGAAUGGAUUAAUUCAAUUUACAUGAUUUUAAUGGGAAAAAAAUGAUUUGGUUUUCAAACAACCUGCCAGAAUGAAUUAAGUUUGAGAAACAAGGUUUCACUGUAUAUCAACACUCUUACUGAAUGCCUAGAAUUGUAUUGUUUUAUCCAAAUGUAUUCGUGGAACAUUUAUUUAUGUAGUAUAUAUUAAGAUAUACAUGAGGUUUAGCACAAUACUGCAAGUGUGGUGGAGUUUGGUAUAGCUAGGUAUUUGAAAAUAUUAUGUGCUUUUAUUCAUCAGGUACUUACUGACUUACUAAGGACUAAAUAAUUUAUUCAGCGGUUGAUUCCUAACAAACCCAUUGUAUUGUUUUUGCAGGUGAUGCAGUUAGGUCAUAUGCUUUGCAAAUGCACACUCACCCUGAGGAUAAUGGUGCGCACACCUAUGACUCUUAUCUCCCUCCUUCUCUCUCUGGGAAAAUGAGAAAUAACAUGUAAGGAAGAGAGAGAAUUUUAAACGACUAUGGUCAAAUUUAUACAGAGACUCCCAUCAUUGGCCUCUUUCUUUAGGAGAAUGUUCAUAAGCCUUUUUCAAAGCAGCAAUCUCAUGGUCUAGUAGAAAAACACUAGGCUGGAUAGUUCUGUUUCUACCUAUAAGUCCCUCGACAAUUUACUCUCUUAUCUGCAAUUAGGUGCAGGCAGGGAGGACAGGCAGCAGGAAAUUCUCAUAUUUGCUCUGUGUACCUUCCAGGAUUAAGUAAGAGCAAAUGAGAAAAUAUAUUUGAAAGGGACUUUUUAAACUGCAAAGCACCAAGCAAAUAUAAAAUGUUGGUAAUUAAUUUUAACUAUGGCAUUUUGAGGUCAAGUGGUAGAAGCUAAUAUAUGAAGUCUGUACAUCCUCAUUAGCCUCUGUAUGGCUUUAUUUGAUAAUGUGAGACUGUCUACAGAAAACAAACGUAUCAGGGCAUAGUAAGGUCCUUGCAUUUGGGACAGGUGACUCCAGCCAGUCCUGGAGGCUGCAGGCAUUCUGCUGCUGUGGCAAACCCCUCAGCCCUGCGCUGCUCUCGGAUGCCUGUUAGAAUACCGCAUUCAGGGCAGUCGGCUGUCUUGCCCACUCCAUCUCUAACUGCACCUCCUGCACUACCUCUGUUGGCUUCCUUCCUUCUGCAUUCUCCUCACCGUCUCCUGCCAUCCUCGAACACCUCCUCACAUCUGCUCUGCCGGUUCUCAUGAGGAUCUGAGGGACCAGGGAUGCUUAUGUAAUCAUUCUACCUACGGCAUUGCACUGAUGGUGAAAUAGACUAAGAGACUAAGUUAUAUUUGGUUCUUCUGGAUUUCAGUUCACCCACUAAUGUAAUACGUGUGACCUUUUAGAAGAGUUUAUUGAACAGUCUUCUUGAUCAGAACAUUUGGUAAUGCAGCAUUCUGGCUAAUUGAAAUUUCCAGCUUAUCUUAGCUGCACAGCACCCCCGUACGCUCAGCAAGUACUCUUUCUUUCUAUUUCAUAGAAAAAAGAGAGACCUUUAGCCUUAACUCCCUCUCAGCCCUCCACUUCACAACUUAGCUUUAUCCCCCUUAUACUUACCUCCUUCCUUCUUAUCUCAGGAAAUGUCUACUCUAUUCCCACAGCUCUCUACUAGUUUAUGCAGAUUCAACGGGCCACUUACAUGCUUAAGUUAAAUGGUGCCCCAUUGCUUAACAGAUAAAGUCCAGACCCUGUAGCAAGGCAGGGAAAUUCUCUACAGCUCCGUCGAUCCGUUGCUGUGCUCCCACACUGCUACGAUCCUGUACUUCAGCCUCACAGAUUACACGCUGAUCCUCAACCAGCCAUGCCCAUCCACUUUGUCCCGUCAGGAACUCCCUUUAUUAAGGCCCCACUCAAACACCUUCUCUAUUGUGAUGACACCCCAGAGCUGUCAAUUAGAAUUAAUUAGGCCCUUCUCUUUGUUCUCAUAAAACUAUUCACCCACUCAUGUGGUGCUUGGAAUAUUGAGUGAUCGCUUUUUGUAUACAUGUUCUAAUUCUCACAUCACUUUUUUCUCAAGUCAGUUUCCAUGGACUAGCUCUAGUAUGGAAUAUGAAAGAAGAAAAUUAUCCUAUGCGUUUGUAUCCGAGGACUUGUUCUGAAAAUUAUCAGGAUCUGUUUUUCUUAAAACAUCAUUUCUCCUCUAUUUUUUAUUUGGUAAUCUACCCCCUGCCCCAUGAACUUCAGGUGAGGCUGACUCCUACCCCCAGGACUCUGAGUCCUCGCCACGCCAGUCACCAUAUGCUAUCCUUCUAGCCACCGGGAUUGCUUCAGGAUCAGUGCAAAAUCUAAGACCAAUGAGGACCAAUGAAACUUGAUUACGAGGCUUUGGUUUAAUCAUUCAGGGAAGCUGGAUAUAGGAUCUGGAUCUGCUGCAGCCUAGGAAUGGAAAGGGUGAAAAGCUGUUCUGUUGACCUGUUGAUGUCCAGGUCACACUCUACCAGUCUACCCCUGGACUGUUUCAUCACAGGAGCCAAAAGAUUCUCUUUGCAGCAGAGAGGAUCCUAACUGAAGUACAGUUAUUUGAUUCAUUGUAUCAUGAGAAUCAUUAUUUGGUAGCACCCAUGUCUAUAUAUUUUAAGCAAGAGGAAUCUUUUUUAACUUUUUAAAGCAAGACCCAGCCUGACCUUACAAGCAUAAAUUCUGUGCUCCACACCUACUAAGCUACCUGAAGUACCCUGAACACAUAGUAGGUCUCUCCGCGUUGGCCCUGCGCCCAUACAGCACCUUGUGCUUGGAACGCCUUCUCUUUCUUUUUAACAUAACUCUUACUUGUACCUCAAAACCCAACUCAGGUGUUGCAUCAGGGAAGACUGCUUCUCUUAUGAAUUCCCCUCAUACCCUAAAUAUACAUAGUUGUACCAUAAUCUUAUACUAUGUGAUUGUCUUUCUCUUCUACUGGACUGUGACUCCUUAAGGCAAAAAUGGUUCCUUUCUCAACUUUAUGUCUCUAGAGCCUGGUGUAGUGCUUGCCUCAUGGUGGGCUUUAAUGUUUUCUGAAUGAAUGGAUGAAAUCAUCUAGUAGCAUAAUCCACUCACUCUACUGAUGAGGAAACUUGCUCAGUUCCGAAUAAUAACAUACUUGUCCAGUAUCACACAACGAUUUUACCAACAAAGAUUUGUGAGUUGUCUGGGAAGGUCCAAAAGGGAAAAAUAUUUUGAGUGAAAAAACAAAA